AUGGCGGAAACAAAACUGCACGACGAUGUGCAUUUCUGCAACACAUCAGGUCUACAUUUUCCAUUGCCCUGGACUUAUGGCUAUCUGAUUGUAAAGAACAAGAGUAGAAAAUAUAGACAUGCGUCUUCACACGGAAGAAAAAGCAACAUGAAGUUCCUGUCUGCAUCAAACUGCUUUCACUUAUAUUCUGCUGAAUUUCUUCCUUCUAUGGGACUGUACAUGGGGAUUAUCUACAAGGGUUAUGUCCUUUGCAGGUAG